CAUUAAUGAUGUGAUGGAUGACAAGGUAGAAUCGCCGGUGUCUUACACCGUUGCGGUGAUUGUGGUAGUUCUGUCUACACUGCUGAUUAUAUACUUUUUUUCUGGGAGGCUACCCACAAUUUUGGAAUCUGAAAGUGAACCUAUACAAGCUGUUAAUGAAGCUUCUUCUAAUGAAGUCGAGUCAGAUUCCAGGUCAUUAACUGUGAAGCAGCGUAAGAAGCAGGAAUUAAAGGAGGCGAAGCGACAACAGCGCGCCUUAAUUGAUGAAGAGCGUAAGGAAAAGGAAAAAUUAAAGCAGCAGCGUGAUGAUUUGCGUGAAAAACGCCGAGAGGAGAAGGAGCGUCAACGCCAGGAGGAGGAAGAGAAGCGCGCAGCCAAGGCACAGGAGGCCUAUGAAGCUAUAGCAUCUGAAUUUGUUGUUGAGCAGGAAGGUACUAUUCAGGAUCAUGAGGUUUUUGAUGUGGAGGACUUCAUAAAUUUUGUUAUUGAAAAGAAGAUGACAACUAUAGUUGAGUUGGCUGCUAAAUUCGAUUUAGAUCACAAGGUUGUGGCCAGCCGUUUGAACGAUUUGGAGCUCCAGGGUCGUUUAUUUGGUUUACUUGACGAGCGCGGUCGUUAUUUGUACAUAUCGGAUUCUGAGUUGGACGCUUUAGACCAUUACAUCAACAAGGAAGGUCGCAUUGACAAGUAUACGGGUUUAACCUCGUUUUGCAAUGCCACAAUUUCAAUGGCGCCUAGUAAAUAGUUUGC